AUGGCUUCCCCUUAUAAACCCACAACAAAGCAAACAUUAUUACCAAAUUCAAAUAUUCAUGAAUUAUUACCUGAAACCCAUAAUUUACCUUAUGAUUAUGAUGAUGAAGAUGAUUUAAAUAUAGAAACUAAAAAUUAUCAACAAGAUAUUUAUUCAAAUCAACAACAACAGGUACCACAUAGUACACUAUCAAGACUACCAACACUUUAUGAAGUUUUAAAUAGAAAGACUCAACCACCAGUUGAUCUUUGGAGUUUUUAUAUAUUUAUGAGAGAUUAUCAAAAUUCUGUUGAUUAUUUAGAUUUUUGGAUUGAUGUUAUUACACAUCUUAGACUUUGUAAAGAUUAUGUUAAAGGUCUUAGAGAAAGUUUAUUAUUAAGUGAAAAACAUAAAAGUUCAAGUGGUGAUGAUCAAAAAAGAAAUACUACAUCAUCAUCAAAUUAUGAACAAUUACAAGGACAAGGACAACAGGGAACACCAGGUCAACAACAAAGAACAUCAGUUUCAUCUUCAUUGUUAUUAGAAGCUUUAUUAAGUGAAGGAUUCUUAGAUGAUAAUGAUAAUAAAAGAGUUUCAUCUUUUUUACAAGGUAAUGAAUAUAUAAAUACUUCAGAUCCAAGAAUUAAUGCAAUUUUAGGUAUUAAUACAAUCCCCAUUGAAGAAACCCAGGGUCAAGAACCAGAAUUUGAAGAAGCUCCAAUAAUUCAAUCCCAAUCAAAUAUUCAACCUCAAACUCCAUCAACCCCUAGAUCUUCAAAAUCUCCAUUGUUAAAUCAAUAUGAACCAUUAACUUCACCUUCAAAGACUUAUAUUCGUGAUUCACCAAAGAGAAAUUCAGGUCAAUCCUCAAUAAACUUCCAGCAAAAGCAAACGAUAACACCAAAAAGAAACUCCACAAGAAUAUUACCAGAAAAUUUAGAAGCUUAUACAUCAAAUAUCAAGAAUGGUAAUAUAACAAGAUCAACAUUAAAAUCUUCAUCAAAAAAUUUAUUAAACACAUAUUUCCAAUCAAAUUCAUCACAUAGAUUAAACAUACCAGAUCGUAUAAUUCGUAAGAUUAAACAUGAUGUUGAAUUACAAGGUCGUGAUGAUCCUGAAGUGUUUGAUGAUGCUAAGAAUUAUGUUUAUAAUAUAAUGGAACGUGAAUCAUUUCCAUUAUUUUUACAACAGAAUGCAUUACAUAAUUUAAAUAAUAAAUCUGUGUUGAUUAGAUUAAUCUUGGGGUUGUUUUUGUUAUUUGCAGGGUUUUGGAUUAGUUAUGUUUUGAUUUUCAUAAAUAUUAGACCUAAGUCCAUAAGAGCAGUUAUUAUAGUCCCAUUUUUAUUAGGUGUUUAUUUAGUUUUAACUUUUUUAUAUAAAUUAGAUCCUAUUAUGGUUUGGUUGGGGUUAAGUGAUAAUCAAGAAUUAUAUCAUCCAAAGAUUCAUGGUUCUAAAGGUUCCAAUUUAAAGAAAAAUUGGGUUAAGAAUUUAAAAGAACCAUUUAUUAAAAAAUUGUUGAUUAAGAGAUCUAUUUGGAUUGUUGGGUUAACUUUAUUGAUUUCUGCGGUUUUAAGUAUUUUGUUUGGUUUGGUUCCAGGUCAUAGAUUAUAA